AUGGCGAACAACUUGGGCACAACCACAAUUGCCUACACUCUAACAGAAGGCGAGUCAAAUAACAGGCCUCCCUUCUUCAACGGAAAGAAAUAUGCCUAUUGGAAAGAGAAGAUGCGAAUCUUCAUCCAAUCCAUUGAUUAUAACAUAUGGAAGAUUGUUGUAAGCGGCCCCAAGAUUCCAACAAAGACAAGUGCUAAUGGAGUGGUGACUCCAAAAGAAGAAACUAAAUGGAACGAUGAUGACAAAAAGAAAGUGGAGCUGAACGCUAAGGCCAUCAACCUUUUUCACUGUGCUAUCAGCUUUGAAAAAUACCGAAAGGAUGGAGAAAGCAUUGAUGAAGUGUUUGACAGAUUCUUAAUCAUAAUCAACAACCUUGAUACUUUGGGUACAACCUACUCAGAACAAACCCUAGUGAGAAAACUCCUUAGAAGCCUCACAAAGAAAUGGGAAACAAAAGCCACUGUUCUAGCCGAAAACAAUAACUUAAGUCCCAUAACAUAUAAUGACCUGAGAGGGAAACUCCUUGCCUAUGAAACCACAAACACAAACCAAGACUCAAAGAAAAAGAGAACAGCCCUUAAGUCAAGAGUUGAAUCAAAAGAAAGUGAAUCUAGUGACAAUUUUUCAGAUAAUGAUGAACUUGUGUUUUUUUCUAGGAGACUUAAAAGGCUAAUAAGGAACAAAGGCAAGCACAAAGACUCAACCUCAAAGGAGUACAAGAAGGACAUGAGUAAAGUGAUUUGCCACCAUUGCAAGGAGGCUGGGCAUCUCAAGUACAACUGUCAGAAACUCAAAAAGGAGGAUAAAGGAAAGAAAAAAAAGAGAGUGCUCAUGGCAUCUUGGGAGGACCUUGAAAGUGACUUGGAAGAGGAAGAAGACUCCGAAUGUGAAGCUCAGAUUUGCUACAUGGCUAGUGAGGAUCAACUCGAUGAGGUAAAUUAUGAUGACUUGUCCGUAGAUGAUUUACAUGUUAUCAUUGAUGAUCUUACCCUCAAUUCUGAAAAAUUAUUGAAUAAAUAUAAUAAAUGCAAAUCUGAAAAUGAAAUGUUGAAAGCUGAAAAUGAUUUUUCGAAAGAGAAGGUGAAGGAAUCCAAAUGUGCUUUGGACAUUAUUGAGGAAAACAGAUUUCUGAAAUAUGAACUUGAGAAACUAAAAGGAAAGCACAUUAUUUGCCUAGCAUCCAAGAACAAAAAGGAUAUGUGGUACUUGGACAGUGGAUGCUCAAGGCACAUGAUUGGAAGGUUAACCUUCUUCAUCAAACUCAAUAAGUAUGAUGGAGGUUUUGUGACCUUUGGAGAUGAUGGAAAAGGAAAUCAGGUUAAAAAAGAUGAUAAAAAAGCCCAAAAUCAUGAAUCUGGAGGAAAUCAUGAAAGCACCAGUUCUUUGAGUCCCUUAGUGACUGAAUCUGCCUCCAAGUCCACUAGACCUAGGGAAUGGAUAUUCUUAAAGAAUUAUUUACAGGAGUUUGUUAUUGGGGAUGUCUCUCAAGGUGUCAAAACUCGUUCUUCCACUAGAAAAGCAAAUGAAGAAACAAACAUUGCUUUUCUCUCUCAAAUGGAGCCUCAAAAUGUUAAAGAAGCUCUUGAUGACCCUUCUUGGGUAAAGGCAAUGGAGGAUGAGCUUCAUGAGUUUGAAAAGAAUCAAGUUUGGACACUUGUUCCAAAGCCAAAUGGAAAGAAAGUGACCGGCACUAAGUGA